AUGUCGCACGAUAUUCGCCACAGAUCAUCAUAUUACAGAGAUCGAUCACGAUCACCCUUUGAGCAUAGACGUUCUAAAUCGCCAUUCGCAGGUGAGUUUAAACGGCCAGAUCAACCAAGAAGGUAUAAGCCUUUUGAGAUAGGCUAUCAAACUCCAGAAUUUUGGCAGAACAGACGUCAAGCUCGCGAGGAUGCUGGCGCAGCACCAAACAAGAAAAUUUGGGGAGAUCCUCCAUCAGAACCCUAUACUGAUUCCGAAGAAGAGUACUCAGAAUUCACCCAUGAAGGGCCUCUUCCUCCGGUCGCACAAUCUUCUUCACACCAAGGGGAACAUAAAAAGCACAAGAGGAAGAACCACGAUAAGACGGAUAAGGAGACUAAGAAAAAGAGUAGUAAGAAGCAUAAAUCCCACCGUAAACACAAGAAGCGCCAUCAUAAAGGUUCUAGAAGGAAGCAUCGUCAUUCAUCCUCUAUCUCCUCAUCAUCUUCUUCAAGUAGUUCAUCGAGUGAGGAAGACGAAGCCAAGUCAUUCAUACGUCAAAUGAAACAGAAAAAGGCGGAAAUUGAGAGGAAACGGCAGGAAGAGGAAGAAGCAACGGAUAUUAUUGGUCCUGUUCUACCUGGCCAGAGUGCAGAUGCGGCCAAUCAAAGAAUCGACUAUGGUAAAGCUCUGUUACCUGGAGAAGGCGCAGCCAUGGCAGCCUAUAUCGCAGAAGGAAAACGUAUACCUAGGCGAGGUGAAAUCGGCCUCACUUCAGAGGAAAUUGAAAAGUUCGAAUCAGUUGGCUAUGUCAUGUCAGGCAGUCGACAUCAUCGUAUGGAGGCUGUGCGUUUGAGAAAAGAAAAUCAAAUCUAUUCGGCAGACGAAAAGAGAGCUUUGGAGAGCUUCAAUCACACAGAAAGAGCAAAACGUGAAGCGAAACUGCAGGCACAAUUCAAAGCUCUGGUUAAGAAGAAGUUGGAGGAUAAACAAAAUUCUCACAUGUAA